AUGCAACAUUGCAGAGGUGUGUCAACAAGACAGUUCUACCACAGCCAGAGUGUUAAGGAACUCCGGGAAAACCUCAUCCAGGGGCCCAGCCAUCAAACUACCUCAGUGACCUUGACCCCAGUGAUGUUUGAGUUCUUCUACAGAAAAUGUGUCAAAUGCAGGGGAUGGUGGGACCAUGUUAACUGUUGGCCCCAUGCUGCAGUUGGAGAUGUUGUGUCUCAGCCAUGUCCUGGAUUUCUACACACCACUGGGCAAGUUUUCAGGAACUGCACAGAGCUUGGCUGGACUGAUCCCUACCCUCCACAUGAUAUAGCAUGCGAGUAUGGCUUUAAUGAAAGCCUUCCUCUAGAAGUGCACAGCUCCCAGAGGUACUUCCUGUUUGUGAGAAUCAUGUACUCUGUGGGUUACAGUGUUUCCCUUGUCUUCCUCAUCACAGCUGUUGCUAUUCUCUCCCUUCUGAGGAGGCUCCACUGCACACGCAACUUUAUCCAUGUCCAGCUCUUCCUCUCCUUCAUCUUCCGAGCCGUACUCAUCUUUAUUAGGGAUGCAGUUCUGUUCUCAAAUGAAGACAGUUUUCACUGUCACAUCUAUACGGUCAGUUGUAAAUUUGCCACUGUGUUGUCUAACUACUGCAUCAUGGCCAACUACAGCUGGCUGCUGGCUGAGGGCUACUACCUGUACAAACUUGUCAGCGCCUCGCUGUUCUCUCAGAGGAAACACUUGUCGUGGUACAUCAUCCUUGGCUGGGGUUCUCCAGUGAUUAUCAUGAGUGGCUGGAGUUUUGCUAAGUACCUCCAUGAAGAUGAAGGUUGCUGGGAGAUGAGAAGGAGUGAAUGGAUCUGGUGGAUUCUCAGACUUCCUGUUCUACUCUUCAUUAUAGUGAACUUGUUGUUCUUCCUGUGUAUCCUAAAAAUACUGGUGGCCAAGCUAAGGACACAAGACAUGCCCGGCAAUGAAUUCAAUCACUACAGGAAACUUGCCAAGUCAUCCUUCCUCCUGGUGUCGCUCUUUGGCUUACACUACAUUCUCUUUGCUUUCCUUCCACACAAAGUCCACGGCAGGACCUAUGAAAUCUGGAACUUUAUUGAGCUGGCUUUUGCUUCUACUCAGGGAUUUGUCGUAGCGCUUCUGUACUGUUUCCUGAACGGGGAGGUGCAGAACGAGAUCCAGAGGAGGUGGCGGAGGUGGAAGAUGAAGCACCGCGUGCAGUUGGAGCACAGGAGGAAGUGCGGCAGCAUGAGCCAGAGCGGGGGCUCUGAGCGGGGCCCCACCAACAUCACUCUUCUAUUUAAAUCAGCCUCCACACCCGAGUCUGGUCUGGUGUAGCAUGAUACGAGGUUCCUCAGCGAGAGAAAUACAAGAUGAUGUCUUCUCCAUUUUAGACACAAAUGUGUGCAAAGAAGGCAGAGCAACAAAACUAAGUACACUUUUCCAAAUGUAUCUGAAAUAUAUAUACAAUCCUCAUACACUCACAUGUUAAAAUAUCCAGGUAAAUGCCUCUGAACGGGAUGUUUGUAUCAUGACACAACAAAUGUAGUACUAUACACACACACACACAUAUAUAUACAUAUAUAUAUAUAUAGUUUCCCAUUCAUAACUGUACAGUGUGUAAAUGAUGAAACAACAUUAUUUGGAUAUUGAUAAGUAUCUAAAUAAUUCUCUUCAGUGUCAGCCAGUUUCUGUUGGCUCAGUCUGACCUCUGCUAAAGCAGGACGCUGAGUGGACCUCUCC